AAGCAGAGGAUGCUGGAGGGAUCCAAGGAUAGCAGCAGCUUCGUCCGUGACGCCGUCGGAGGGCCAUCGCCCAAGAGCGACUAGCCUGUGUGACUCUGGCUGCCGACUGAAACCUCACUAAUCGCAGGCUGGGAAAGGGAAAGAGCAGACGGCCCUAAAUUAGUGAAUCCCCAGGAUUGCCUGAUAGUAGACCUGUUGUACGUACUGAUACGCUGGCGCAAGAUGAAGUUCAACAGCGCCGUCAUUCUGUCCUCCAUCCUGGCCGUGGCCGUGGCCCAGGACUCGUCCUCGACCACCAGCAGCGCGACCACCACCGCCAGCCUCUCUCCCCAGGCAUCCUGCGCCGCCAAGUGCACCGCCACGGACAUCUGCUGCAUCGCCGCCUGCUACGAAGUGCCCUGCCCGAACAACUCCCAAGUCAACGACACCACCAGCUGUGUGGCCGCCUGCCCCCAGGGCUCCGGCUCGGCCAGCGACCAGAAGGCCUACGCUAGCUGCGAGAGCAGCUGCGUGAGCAGCUACUUCCUCGCCACUGCGACGGGCGCAUCGGGCUCGUCCGCCACCAAGGGCAGCUCCAGCGACGCCAGCACCACCAAGAGCGGAAGUUCGUCGACGUCCACUGGCUCGAGCUCCAAGUCCGGUUCCAAAUCCGGUUCCUCCUCCGACUCCACCGGCACGGCGACCGGCACCAGCGCCCACGCCAGCUCGACCGAGAACGCUGCCGCCAUCGCCCAGCUCAAGCUGGGUGUUUCCGCCGCCGGUGUUCUCGGCUUCGUUCUGGCCGCCUGGGCUCUGUAAGCUUGGUCUCGUUGGAACUGAUGUAUUCAACCUGACCUGACCUGACCUGAUCCUUGUGAUCCGAUCCGAUCCGAUCCGGUCCGAUCCGGUCUACUUUGCUUUGCUUUACCC